CGCGCUCCCGGCAGGCUGCGCUGUGCUGGCCGGGCAUCGCCCCCUCUUCUCUCCCCUCCUCCAGCCGAGUCCGCGCUUGGGCAUGGACACCCGGCGGGGGAGCCCCAGGGGCAGCCCCCGCAGCUGAGCCGGCCGGGUGAAAGAAUGAUGUAAUGGAGGUGAAUAUGGGCCGCUGGUCAGGCUCACGGCCACCUCUGUCAUGCCUUGCCCUUCUGAUUGUCAAGUUCCUGGCGUCUGUUUGCCAAGUAGUUCACGGGACUGCCCCGCUGGGCUUUCAGUUUACACAUUCCACUUAUAAUGCUACAGUGUAUGAGAAUUCAGCAGCCAGGACUUACGUCAACAGUCAAACAAGGAUGGGCAUUACCUUAGCUGACCUUUCGUGGGAUAUCAAGUACAGGAUAGUGUCUGGUGAUGACGAGGGUUUUUUUAAAGCAGAGGAAGUCAUCAUUGCUGACUUUUGCUUCCUAAGAAUAAGGACUAAAGGUGGGAAUUCUGCUAUAUUGAACAGAGAAAUCCAGGACAACUAUUUAUUGAUGGUGAAAGGGUCUGUCAGAGGAGAGGAUAUGGAAGCAUGGACAAAAGUGAACAUCCAGGUUUUGGAUAUGAAUGACUUAAGACCUUUGUUUUCCCCAACCACAUAUUCUGUCACAAUAGCAGAAAGCACUCCUUUAAGGACUAGCAUUGCACAGGUGACCGCAACGGAUGCGGAUAUUGGGUCCAAUGGUGAAUUUUAUUAUUACUUCAAAAGCAAAGUUGAUCUCUUCUCAGUUCAUCCUACAAGUGGUGUUAUUUCCUUAAGUGGCCGGUUAAACUAUGAUGAGAAAAACAGAUACGAUCUUGAGAUUUUGGCUGUGGACCGUGGGAUGAAGCUUUAUGGGAACAAUGGUGUGAGCAGCACUGCCAAGCUUUAUGUUCACAUUGAACGUAUAAAUGAACAUGCCCCAACGAUAAGUGUAGUGACCCAUAUUCCCUUCCCAUCAGACAAGGAGCCUACCUAUGCAGUUGUUAGCAUUGAUGACCUAGAUGAAGGAGCCAAUGGAGAAAUAGAAUCUGUUUCUAUUGUGGCUGGAGAUCCUCUGGAACAGUUCUUUCUGACUAAAGAAGGUAAAUGGAUGAAUGAGUACAAAAUCAAAGAAAGAAAGCCUAUUGAUUGGGACAGCUUCCCAUAUGGUUAUAACCUGACUCUCCAAGCUAAGGACAAAGGAUCUCCUCAGAAGUUUUCUGCGGUCAAGCUGGUCCACAUUGCUAGUCCCAAGAAAGAAAAUAUCCCCAUGAAGUUUGAAAAAGAAGCAUACGAUGUUUCGAUCAGUGAAUUUUCACCUCCUAAUGUGGUGGUUGCAGUAGUUAAGCUGAUGCCUGAGCCACAGGGUGUGGAAUAUAGAAUAUCUCCAAGUGAGGACGCUGAGUGUUUUAAGAUCAAUCCCAACACAGGCCUUAUUACUACUGCUCGUCCUUUGAAAAUUGUAGAGAAAGACCUCUAUGAAUUAGAAGUAUAUACAAACAAAGGUGGUGAUUUAAAAGCACAGGUUACUGUCAGAUUGGAGGAUGCCAACGAUCACACGCCAGAGUUCCAGCAGCCCUCUUACAGCUCAUUCAUCAAUGAAAGUGUCCCUGUGGGGUCUACUGUUUUGGCAGUUUCAGCGAUUGAUAAAGACAGGGGAGAAAAUGGAUACAUAACAUACAGCAUUGCCAGUCUGAACUCUCUACCAUUUACAAUAAACCAGUUUACAGGUGUCAUCAGCACAUCUGAAGAACUGGAUUUUGAGUCCUCACCAGAAAGCUACAGGUUCAUUGUGAGAGCUUCUGACUGGGGUUCUCCCUACCGCCACGAAAGUGAGGUGAACGUCACCAUAUACAUAGGCAAUGUCAAUGAUAACAAGCCCCUCUUUGAAAAAGUAGCAUGUCAGGGAGUGAUUUCGUCUGAUUUUCCCGUUGGUGGCCACAUCACUGCUGUUUCUGCAAUAGACAUAGAUGAGUUAGAGCUUGUGAAGUACAAAAUAAUCUCUGGAAAUGAGCUUGGCAUUUUUUAUUUAAAUCCCGACUCUGGUGUACUGCAACUUAAAAAAUCUCUGGUUAAUUCUGGCAUAAAGAACAGCAUUUUUGGCCUUAAGAUAACAGCAACUGAUGGAGAGAACUUUGCUGAUGCUAUGUUUGUUAAUAUCUCAGUAGUUCAUGGGAAAGUAUCUUCAAAGACCUUUAGCUGUAGAGAAACUAGAGUUGCUCAGAAGCUAGCAGAAAAGUUACUCAAAAAGGCUAAAGCAAAUGUGAAGCUGAAUUUGGAAGAUGGUUUUCUUGAUUUUUAUUCAGUGAACAGGCAGGCACCACAUUUUGACAAAUCCUUCCCCACUGAUGUAAAGGUUUCAGAGGAUCUGCCAGUUGGUGCCACCAUCCUUAGGAUAAAAGCCUAUGAUGCGGACUCUGGCUUUAAUGGGAGAGUAGUUUAUACCAUUUCUGAUGGUAAUGUAGAUAGUUGUUUCAACAUUGACAUGGAGACGGGAGUACUUAAUGUUCUUAUGCCCUUGGACCGUGAGAAAACAGAGCUCUAUCUCCUUAAUAUUACAAUUUAUGAUUUAGGUAAUCCACAGAAAUCUGCGUGGAGACUGCUGACUGUCACUGUGGAGGAUGCAAAUGAUAACGUGCCUGUUUUUUUACAGGACAGUUAUUCAGUUAAUAUUUUAGAAAGUACAAGUCUUGGUACAGAGAUUAUCCAGGUAGAAGCCAGAGAUAAAGACUUAGGAUCCAAUGGUGAAGUGACUUACUCGGUACUGACAGACACCCAGCAAUUUGCCAUCAACAGUUCCACGGGAAUGGUGUAUGUGGCUGAUCAACUAGACCGGGAAUCAAAAGCAAACUACACACUGAAGAUUGAGGCUAGGGACAAAGCAGAGAGUGGCCAUCAGCAGUUUGCCGUUAUGCCUUUGAAGGUUUUUUUGGAUGAUGUCAAUGAUUGUUCUCCAGCCUUUAUACCAUCCAGUUACAAUGUGAAGGUCCUUGAGGACCUGCCAGUUGGCACUGUCAUAGCUUGGCUGGAAACUCAUGAUCCAGAUCUCGGCUUGGGAGGUCAAGUCCGUUACUCACUGGUGAAUGACUACAAUGGACGGUUUGAGAUAGACAAAGCGAGUGGCGCAAUCCGCUUGAACAAAGAGCUUGAUUAUGAGAAGCAACAGUUCUACAACUUGACUGUGCGUGCGAAGGACAAGGGGCGCCCAGUGUCUCUCUCUUCUGUUUCUUUUGUGGAAGUUGAAGUGGUGGAUGUUAACGAAAAUCUCUAUACCCCCUAUUUUCCUGACUUUGCUGUCAUUGGAUCUGUAAAAGAAAACUCCCGCAUUGGUACAAGUGUUUUGCAAGUUAUUGCUCGAGAUGAGGACUCUGGAAGGGAUGGAGAGAUCCAGUAUUCCAUCAGGGAUGGUACCGGCCUGGGGAGGUUCAGCAUAGAUGAAGAAACUGGAGUUAUCUACACAGCAGAUAUUCUUGACCGGGAGACAACCAAAUCCUACUGGUUGACAGUGUAUGCGACUGAUCAUGGUGUUGUCCCACUCUACACAACCAUUGAAGUCUAUAUUGAAGUGGAAGACGUGAAUGACAAUGCCCCUCUCACCUCUGAACCUAUCUAUUACCCAGCCGUCAUGGAGAACUCCCCAAAGGAUGUAUCUGUCAUUCAGAUCCAAGCCCAGGACCCUGACUCCAGCACUAAUGAAAAACUGACUUACCGGAUUACAAGUGGAAAUCCCCAGAACUUCUUUGUAAUCAAUCCUAAAACAGGUCUGAUUACAACCACAUCAAGAAAAUUGGAUCGGGAACAACAAGCAGAGCAUUUUUUGGAGGUAACCGUCUCGGAUGGGGGCACAUCUCCCAAGCAAUCCUCUGUUUGGGUGGUGGUCCAGGUUCUGGAUGAGAAUGAUAACAAACCUCAGUUUCCGGAGAAAGUCUAUCAGAUCAAGCUGCCAGAGAGGGACCGUAAGAAGAGAGGGGAGCCAAUCUACAGAGCUUUUGCAUUUGAUAAAGAUGAAGGCCCUAAUGCAGAAAUCUCAUACAGCAUUGUGGAUGGAAAUGAUGAUGGGAAAUUUUUUAUUGAUCCCAAAACAGGGAUGGUUUCUUCCAGAAAACAGUUUACAGCAGGGAGUUAUGACAUCUUAACAAUAAAAGCAGUGGACAACGGCCGGCCCCAAAAGUCUGCAACUGCACGCCUCCAUAUUGAGUGGAUAAAAAAGCCUGCGCCCUCGCCUGUGCCGCUGACUUUCGAUGAACCCUUUUACAACUUCACUGUCAUGGAAAGCGAUAAAGUGACAGAAAUUGUUGGGGUGGUCUCUGUGCAGCCAUCUAACAUUCCUCUCUGGUUUGAUAUUGUCGGAGGGAAUUACGAUAGUUCUUUCGACGCGGAGAAGGGAGUGGGCACUAUUGUCAUUGCAAAGCCCUUGGAUGCAGAGCAGAGGUCAAUAUAUAAUAUGACUGUGGAAGUCACCGAUGGAACAAACAUUGCCACGACUCAGGUUCUUAUAAAAGUGUUGGAUAACAAUGAUAAUGGCCCAGAAUUCUCUCAAGCAAGUUACGAUGUCACCAUUUCAGAGGACAUACCCCCUGAUACUGAAAUUCUGCAAAUUGAAGCUAUAGACAGAGAUGAAAAGCAUAAAUUGAGCUACACUAUUCACAGCAGCAUUGAUACAGUCAGCAUGAAAAAAUUCAGAAUUGAUCCCAGCACUGGAGUGCUCUAUACUGCUGAGAGAUUAGACCAUGAAGCUCAAGAUAAGCACAUCCUUAAUGUCAUGGUCCGAGAUCAAGAGUUCCCUUACAGAAGAAACCUGGCCAGAAUCAUCAUAAUUGUGGAAGACUCCAAUGACCACAGUCCGUACUUUACCAGCCCAUUGUAUGAAGCCUCAGUGUUUGAAUCAGCAGCAGUUGGAUCAGCAGUCUUGCAGGUCACGGCUUUGGACAAAGACAAAGGAGAAAAUGCAGAGCUUAUCUACACUAUUGAAGCAGGAAAUACUGGAAACACAUUCAAGAUUGAACCAGUUUUAGGGAUCAUUACCUUACUGAAGGAGCCAGACUUAACCACAAUGGGACAGUUUGUUUUGUCAGUCAAAGUGACUGAUCAAGGUUCUCCACCACUAUCUGCAACCGCAAUUGUGCGUAUAUCUGUGACGAUGGCAGAUAACUCUCACCCUAAGUUCACUCUCAAAGAAUACCAAGCAGAGGUUAAUGAAAAUGUGGAUAUUGGUACUUCUGUCCUGUCUCUGUCUGCAAUCAGUCAGUCCACAUUAGUUUAUGAAGUUAAAGAUGGGAAUGUGGAUGGAGUCUUCACUAUAAACCCAUAUUCUGGCGUGAUCACCAGUCAAAAGACACUUGAUUAUGAACGUGCUUCCUCCUAUCAGCUCACUGUACAGGCAACAAAUAUGGCAGGCAUGGCAUCAAAUGCAACUGUAAACAUUCAGAUUGUUGAUGAAAACGAUAACCCGCCAGUUUUUCUCUUCUCUCAGUAUUCAGGCAGCAUAAGCGAAGCUGCUCCUGUAAAUAGCAUAGUCCGGAGUACAAAUAACAGUCCUCUCGUGAUACGUGCCACUGAUGCCGACAGCAACCAGAAUGCUUUGCUUGUAUACCAGAUUGUUGAAUCUACUGCAAAGAAGUAUUUUACAGUGGAUUCCAGCACAGGUGCAAUCAGAACAAUUGCAAAUUUGGAUCAUGAAACGAUAGCCCACUUUCACUUCCACGUGCAUGUUAGAGACAGUGGGAAUCCCCAGCUUACAGCAGAGAGCCCAGUUGAAGUGACCAUUGAGGUAACUGAUGUCAAUGACAACCCACCAGUCUUCAGCCAGGCUAUAUUUGAGACAGUUUUGCUCCUGCCCACAUACGUUGGCGUUGAGGUUCUCAAAGUCAAGGCUACAGACCCAGAUUCAGAGAUCCCUCCUGAACUAACUUAUAGUCUAAUUGAAGGCAAUAUGGACCAUUUUUUAAUAGAUUCAAGCACAGGAGUACUCACCAUUAAAAACAAUAGCCUCUCCAAAGACCAUUAUAUGCUAAUAGUAAGAGUAUCUGAUGGGAAAUUUUAUAGCACUGCUAUGGUGACAAUAAUAGUAAAGGAAGCCAUGGACAGUGGGCUCCAUUUCACACAAAAUUUUUACUCCACUUCUAUCUCAGAAAACAGCACCAAUAUCACAAAGAUUGCUGUGGUGAAUGCUGUGGGUAACCGCCUUAAUGAGCCUUUGAAAUACAGUAUAUUAAACCCAGGCACCAAAUUUAAAAUAAAGUCCACCUCAGGAGUCAUUCAGACAACUGGCAUCCCCUUCGACCGAGAGGAACAAGAGCUGUAUGAGUUGGUGGUAGAAGCAAGCCGUGAACUAGAUCACCUUCGUGUCGCUCGAGUGGUGGUGAGGGUUUACAUUGAGGACAUAAAUGACAAUGCCCCAGUGUUCAUAGGCCUUCCAUACUAUGCUGCUGUGCAAGUCGAUGCUGAGCCUGGUACCCUGAUAUAUCGAGUGACGGCUAUUGAUAAAGAUAAGGAUGAAAAUGGUGAGGUGUCAUAUCUCCUGAAGGAAGACUAUGGACAUUUUGAAAUCGACAGAGAAUCUGGUAGUGUCACUUUAAAGGAAGCCUUCAAUUCUGAUUUGUCUAAUAUAGAGUAUUUGGUUGUCAUUGUUGCAAAAGAUGGUGGUAACCCAUCAUUGUCGGCUUUGGUAGAGCUCCCAAUUACUAUUGUUAACAAAGCUAUGCCUGUAUUUGACAGGCCCUUCUAUACAGCUUCUGUGAAUGAAGAUGUAGAAAAGCACACGCCAAUUUUAAGCAUAAACGCAACUAGUCCAGAAGGCCAGGGUAUCAUUUAUAUCAUUGUUGAUGGAGAUCCCUACAACCAGUUCAAUAUCGACUUUGAUACUGGAGUUCUGAGUGUCAUCAGCCCACUGGACUAUGAAGUAAAUUCUCUUUUCAAGCUGAUGGUCCGAGCCAGUGAUGCCCUUACUGGUGCUCGAGCCGAGGUUACUGUGGAUUUGAUCGUUAAUGACGUUAAUGAUAAUCCUCCAGUUUUCGAUCAGUCUGCUUAUAAUGCUACUUUGUCUGAAGCAUCUUUGAUUGGGACUCCUGUGCUGCAGGUUGUUGCUACUGAUGCUGACUCUGACAAUAACAGGAUUGUGCAGUAUCAAAUAGUCCAGGAUACCUUUAACAGCACGGACUAUUUCCAUAUAGACAGCACUAGUGGCCUAAUUCUGACAGCUCGGAUGCUGGAUCAUGAACUCAUACAGCAGUGCAGCUUGAAAGUCAGAGCAACUGAUAACGGCUUCCCACCACUAAGCAGUGAGGUUCUUGUUAGUAUCUCAAUAACAGAUAUGAAUGACAACCCUCCAGUUUUCAACCAGUUAAUAUAUGAGUCAUAUGUGAGUGAAUUGGCACCUCGGGGUCAUUUUGUGACUUGUGUCCAAGCCUCUGACGCUGACAGCUCUGAUUUUGACAGACUGGAGUACAGCAUUCUAUCAGGAAAUGAUCGGACCAGUUUUAUUAUGGACAGCAAGAGCGGUGUUAUCACCCUUUCCAACCAUCGUAAACAGAGAAUGGAGCCCAUGUACAGCCUGAAUGUGUCUGUGUCAGAUGGGCUGUUCACCAGUACAGCUCAGGUGCACAUACAGAUCCUUGGGGCCAACCUCUACAGCCCUGUGUUUUCACAGAGUGUCUAUGUUGCGGAGGUUAGAGAAAAUGCUGCUCCUGGAACCAAGGUAAUCCAUGUGAAGGCAACAGAUGGGGAUUCAGGUGUAUAUGGCCAGAUAAGCUAUUCCAUAAUAAAUGACUUUGCCAAGGACCGAUUUUUGAUUGAUAAUAAUGGGCAGAUUCUGACAGCUGAGAGGUUGGACCGGGAGAACCCUCUGGAAAGUGAUAUCGGUAUAUUCCUGAGAGCUCUCGAUGGAGGUGGCAGGACUACAUUUUGCACUGUGAGAGUGAUAGUAGUGGAUGAGAAUGACAACGCUCCUCAGUUUAUGACGGUGGAAUACAGAGCAAGUGUCAAAGCAGAUGUUGGGAAAGGUUACCUGGUGACCCAAGUGCAAGCAGUAGAUCCAGAUGAUGGAGCUAAUUCCAGAAUUACCUAUUCUCUGUAUAGUGAAGCCUCUGUUUCAGUAGCUGAUCUGCUUGAAAUAGAUCCUGACAAUGGAUGGAUGGUCACCAAGGGUAGCUUUAAUCAGUUGAAAAACACAGUUCUGUCGUUCUUUGUCAAAGCAGUUGAUGGUGGCAUUCCUGUAAAGCAUUCCCUUAUUCCCGUCUACAUCCAUGUUUUGCCUCCAGAAACUAUUUUGCCUUCCUUUUCGCAACCCCAGUAUUCUUUUACCAUAGCAGAAGACACCGUCAUAGGUAGUACCAUUGACAUUCUGCAUGUUUUGCCUAAUCAGGGUGCUUUGUAUAGCACAGUUAAUGGUGAGCUGGCUGAAAACAACAAAGAUGGGGUUUUCAUUAUAGAGCAAGACACAGGGCUCAUAAAACUGGAUAAGAGACUUGACCACGAAAUAAAUCCCGCUUUUCACUUCAAAGUUGCAGCCACCAUUCAAUUAGACAAAGUAGACAUUGUGUUGACUGUGGAUGUGGAGGUUAAAGUUUUGGAUGUAAAUGACAACAAGCCCAUGUUUGAAACGGCUACCUAUGACGCUAUAAUAAUGGAAGGGAUGCCUAUAGGAACAAAACUCAUGCAAGUAAAAGCAGUGGAUGCAGACUCGAGUGCAAAUGGGCAGGUCACCUACACACUUGCGGUGGAAUCGGAGCUGGAGAAGAUCACAGAAGCAUUCACCAUUGAUAGCAACACUGGCUGGAUCAGCACACUGAAGGAUCUGGACCAUGAAAAGGAAUCUACUUUCACCUUUGCAGUGGUGGCCUCAGAUCUGGGGGAAACUUUAUCCUUGUCAUCAACCACCUUGAUCUCAGUUACCGUGACAGAUAUAAAUGAUAACGCACCCAUCUUUGAGCAUGAGUUGUACAGAGGAUCAGUGAAGGAAAGCGACCCUCCAGGAGAAGUUGUGGCUGUUCUUAGCACCUGGGAUGAAGACACAUCUGAUGUCAACCGACAGGUUAGCUACCAUAUUACAGGAGGAAAUCCCAAAGGGAAAUUCGCUCUGGGACUGGUUCAGAAUGAGUGGAAGGUUUAUGUUAAAAGGCCUCUAGAUCGCGAAGAGCAAGACAUUUACUAUCUGAACAUUACCGCCACGGAUGGUCUCUUUGUAACACAAGCUGCUGUGGAAGUUACUGUCACUGACGUUAAUGAUAACAGUCCAGUUUGUGAACAGGUUGCAUACACAGCACUGUUUCCUGAAGACAUCUCAUCAAACAAAGUCAUUCUUAAAAUCGGUGCUAAAGAUGCUGACAUUGGGUCCAACGGUGAAAUUCGCUAUUCUCUCUAUGGUGCUGGGAACAAUAAAUUUUUCUUAGAUCCAGAAAAUGGUGAGCUGAAAUCCUUGGCCCCUCUUGACCGAGAGAAAAUCCCUGCAUACAACUUGGUUGCUCGAGCCACAGAUGGUGGUGGCAGGUUUUGCCAAUCAGAAAUCCAUCUUAUUUUAGAAGAUGUUAAUGAUAAUCCACCAGUGUUUUCAUCUGAUCACUACACAGCAUGUGUCUAUGAGAAUACAGCCACUAAAGCUUUGCUAACAAGAGUCCAAGCCACUGAUCCCGAUGUCGGUGUGAACAGAAAAGUUACCUAUUCCCUGACAGACUCUGCAGAUGGUUACUUCUCAGUUGAUCGGUCAUCGGGAAUCAUUAUUUUGGAGCAUCCACUUGAUAGAGAGCUUCAGUCUUCCUAUAACAUCAGUGUAAAGGCCUCAGAUCAAAGCAUUGUGCUGACCUUGUCCUCAUUUGCCACUGUUACCAUAACAGUGCUAGAUAUCAAUGACAACCCACCUGUGUUCGAAAGAAGAGAUUAUCUUGUUACGGUACCUGAAGACACCUCGCCUGGAACUGAAGUCCUUUCUGUCUUUGCUACAAGCCAAGACAUUGGUACUAAUGCUGAGAUUACCUAUCUCAUCAGAUCAGGGAAUGAGAAAGGGAAGUUCAGGAUUAACUCAAAAACAGGAGCAAUUUCCAUUUUUGAAGCUUUGGAUUAUGAAUCGUGUAAAGAUUUCUACUUAGUAGUGGAAGCAAAAGAUGGAGGUACUCCAGCCCUGAGUGCUGUUACGACUGUGAACGUAAAUGUGACGGAUGUUAAUGACAAUGCACCGAAGUUCAGCCAGGUGGUCUACAGUGCAGUCAUCAGUGAGGACGCCGCUAUUGGUGAUUCAGUGAUAAUGUUGAUAGCAGAAGAUCUGGACAGUCCUUCCAAUGGCCAAAUUCAUUUUUCCAUAGUGAAUGGAGAUCGAGACAAUGAAUUUUCAGUUGAUCCUCUUUUGGGACUUGUGAAGGUUAAAAAGAAAUUGGAUAGAGAAAGGAUAUCUGGUUAUUCAUUAGUUAUCCAAGCGAGAGAUAGCGGCACCCCUCCUUUAUCUUCAUCUGUGACGGUCAAUGUGGACAUUUCUGAUGUGAAUGACAAUAGCCCUGUAUUUACUCCAGCUAACUAUACAGCAGUAAUUCAAGAAAAUAAACCCGUGGGCACAAGCAUUUUGCAGCUGGUAGUGACAGACAAAGACUCUUUCCACAAUGGCCCCCCCUUUACGUUCACCAUCCUCACUGGCAAUGAAGAAGAGGAAUUUACACUGGACCCUCACGGUGUCUUGAGAUCCGCAGUUAUCUUCAAGCACAUGGUUGCGACUGAAUAUGUGCUCUGUGUGCAGGCAAAGGACUCUGGGAAGCCUCAGCAGGUUUCCCACACCUACAUUCAGGUGAGGGUUAUUGAAGAAAGCAUUCACAAACCGACUGCCAUUCCACUAGAGAUCUUCAUUGUCACCAUGGAAGAUGAUUUUCCUGGGGGGGUCAUUGGGAAAAUUCAUGCCACAGAUCAGGAUGUGUAUGAUGUCCUCACAUAUACGCUAAAAUCAGAGCAGAAAAGUUUGUUCAAAGUCAACAGCCAUGAUGGGAAGAUCAUUGCUCUUGGAGGACUCGAUAAUGGAAAGUAUGUCCUGAAUGUCUCUGUCAGUGAUGGACGGUUCCAGGUACCCAUUGAUGUUGUGGUCCACGUUGAGCAAUUGCUUCAAGAAAUGCUGCAGAAUACAGUCACCAUCCGUUUUGAGAACGUUUCCCCAGAAGACUUUGUGGGCCUUCAUAUGCAUGGGUUCAGGCGUACCUUGCGAAAUGCAGUGCUCUCCCAAAAACAAGACAGCCUACACAUCAUCAGUAUUCAGCCAGUGGCAGGCAGCAAUCAGCUUGACAUGCUGUUUGCAGUUCAGAUGCACAACAGUGGUUUCUAUAAGCCUACCUAUUUGAUUCAGAAGCUUACCAAUGCAAGGAGACACUUGGAAAAUGUGAUUCGUAUUUCUGCUAUCUUGGAGAAGAAUUGCUCUGGACUGGAUUGUCAGGAACAACACUGUGAGCAAAGUCUGUCUAUUGAUUCACAUUCCUUGAUGACAUACAGCACUGCACGAAUUAGUUUUGUGUGUCCCCGCUUUUACAGGAAUGUGCGCUGCAUGUGCAAUGGAGGACUCUGCCCUGGGUCUAACGAUCCCUGCCUGGAGAAGCCGUGUCCAGGGGACAUGCAGUGUGUGGGGUAUGAAGCUAAUCGGAGACCAUUCAUCUGCCAGUGCCCCCCAGGAAAGCUUGGCGAAUGCUCAGGCCACACUUCCCUUAGCUUUGCUGGGAAUAGCUACAUUAAAUACCGUGUUUCUGAAAAUAGCAAGAAAGAGGAAUUCAAGUUGGCUCUCCGUCUGCGAACACUGCAAAGCAAUGGGAUUAUAAUGUACACCAGAGCAAAUCCCUGUAUAAUUCUGAAGAUUGUCGAUGGCAAAUUGUGGUUCCAGUUGGACUGCGGAAGUGGCCCGGGAAUCUUGGGAAUUUCAGGCAGGGCUGUUAAUGAUGGAAGCUGGCAUUCGGUGUUCCUGGAACUAAAUCGUAAUUUCACAAGCUUGUCCCUGGAUGACAGCUACGUGGAGCGCCGCAAAGCCCCCCUCUAUUUCCAGACUCUCAGCACAGAUAGCUCCAUCUACUUCGGUGCUCAGGUGCAAGUGGAUAACGUCCGCAGCCUGACUGACAAGAGAACAACACAGGUCUUGAGCGGAUUUCAGGGUUGCCUGGAUUCAGUUGUCCUAAAUAACAACGAAUUGCCGCUCCAGAACAAGCGCAGCAGCUUUGCAGAAGUGGUUGGUCUGACUGAACUAAAGCUUGGCUGUGUCCUCUACCCUGAUGCCUGCGAGAGGCAUCCCUGCCAAAACGGCGGCUCCUGUAUCAGCGUGCCAUCUGGUGGCUACCAGUGCAAUUGCCUCUCCCAGUUUACAGGAAGGAAUUGUGAAUCGGAGAUCACAGCCUGCUUCCCAAAUCCCUGUCGGAAUGGAGGCUCAUGUGAUCCCAUUGGCAACGCUUUCAUCUGCAACUGCAAAAAUGGACUGACAGGAGUAACGUGUGAAGAAGACAUCAAUGAGUGUGAAAGAGAAGAAUGUGAAAAUGGUGGCUCCUGUGUCAACAUAUUUGGUUCAUUUCUGUGUAACUGCACCCCUGGCUAUGUGGGGCAAUACUGUGGUCUUCGCCCUGUGGUGGUUCCCAAUAUACAAGCUGGGCAUUCAUACGUUGGCAAGGAGGAGCUGAUAGGAAUAGCUGUGGUCCUGUUUGUCAUAUUUGUGUUGAUCGUCCUUUUUAUCAUUUUUCGCAAGAAAGUUUUCAGGAAGAACUAUUCCCGCAACAACAUCACACUUGUACAGGAUCCAGCUACUGCUGCCCUGCUCAACAAGAGUAACGGCAUCCAGUUCAAGAACAUCAGGAACAGCGGAGACACCAGAAAUAUCUACCAAGAGGUUGGACCUCCACAGGUCCCAGUGAGGCCAAUGGCUUAUACCCCGUGCUUCCAGAGUGACUCAAGAAAUAACCUGGACAAGAUAGUGGAUGGUCUUGGUGUGGAGCACCAGGAGAUGACAACGUUUCAUCCCGAAUCCCCUCGAAUACUGACAGCCAGGCGGGGAGUAGUGGUAUGCAGUGUAGCUCCAAACUUGCCUGCUGUGUCUCCUUGUCGCUCCGACUGCGACUCCAUCAGGAAGAGCACAUGGGAUGCUGGGACAGAAAGUAAAGGUGUUGAUGACGCUGAAGAAGUGACCUGUUUUGCAGGAAGUAAUAAAGGCAGCAACUCCGAAGUACAGUCCCUUAGCUCCUUCCAGUCUGAUUCUGGUGACGAUAAUGCUUCCAUAGUGACUGUCAUACAGCUUGUCAACAAUGUAGUUGACACUAUAGAAAAUGAAGUGUCUGUUAUGGAUCAAGGACAGAACUACAACAGAGCGUAUCAUUGGGAUACCUCUGACUGGAUGCCAAGUGCUCGGUUGUCCGAUAUUGAGGAAGUGCCCAACUUUGAGAUGGCAGAUGGAGGCUCAGCUCAUCAUGGCAGUACGAGAGAGCUGGAAACAGAUUACUACCUUGGUGGUUAUGACAUUGACAGCGACUACCCUCCCCCUCACGAAGAGGAGUUUUUAAGCCAGGACCAGUUACCACCUCCUCUUCCAGAGGAUUAUCCGGACCAUUAUGAAGCCCUUCCACCCUCACAACCAGUCUCAAUGGCAAGUACGCUCAGCCCUGAUUGCAGGCGACGGCCACAUUUCCACCCCAGCCAAUACCUCCCUCCUCACCAGUUCCCCAACGAGACGGACACCACAGGGUCUCAGACUGGGAACGAGUUUAGUACUUUUGCUGUUGGCCCAAGCCAGAACACAGAAAAUGUUAGUGCAGGUAAGAUGCCCUUAUCCUUGCACAACUCUCUAGAUGCCUCCUCCUCUGAUGUCUCAGCCAGUUGUGGCUUUGAUGACUCCGAAGUAGCCAUGAGUGACUAUGAAAGCGUGGAGGAACUCAAACUAGAAAAUGUUCACAUUCCAUUUGUGGAGACCCAGCAUCAGACGCAAGUGUAAAGGAUGCUCCCUUCUUCUCCCUCCUCUUUUUCUUUUUGUUUUUUGUUUGUCAUUUGGUCCAAUUAAUAGUAUAAAUAUUGAGAAGAAUUUUGCUGAAUGUGUAUCUAUAUAUAUUGGGAAAGGCAAAAACACGGUAUAACCCACUAUUAACUUGUUCACAAAUGAUACUGUAUGUGCAGACAGGAAGAGAUCAAUUAUCUGAAGUAUUAUACAUUGCAAAAUCGUUACAGACAAUCUGGAGAUUAUGUACCUUCUAUUUAUUAGCAAGAGUAAAACUCAGCUUUUGAGGCAGGGAGAACAAUAACAGAAAAGUGAUUUCUUUCUCUCCCCUAAAGUUUGGAAUUUUUUUUUGUAUUAUUAAAAGUGUUACGAUGUUAUGAUGUUAUGAUCUCCCCACGGUGUUAAGGAACUGGUAUCGAUCAUUCCAAGGCAUAUUGUUGUACAAAAUUUUAUGUAGCGAAAGAGUGAAAGCAAUUGAUUGCAGAGGCUGCUGUAUGCAACAGGUCAAAUGACUGAAAAAGAGAGCAUUUACAGAUUGACCUAUCAAAGACAAGCAACCAUGUAUUUUUCGAUAAAUAUUUAUCUGUACUUGUUUUUCUUACACAGCAUUUCAUUCUGUUUCAUGUGCAUAUAGAGCAACAUGUAUACAGCAUAUAUUUAUCCAAAUUGGCCUACAUUGGUUGCCAUUCUUUAAAACCGGACAUCAGGGAUGUGUGCAUAACUUCACCCAUGAAGACUUGGAGAAAUGUCAGAGUUUGACCUAGUAGUAGCCCGGCUUUGCUCCAGCUGCAUAUGCUUAGCUUCCGUGGAAUGCAAUGUACACAUGUAUGUGAAAACAUCAGGAAACAUAACUGUUUACAAAGCACUGCUGAUUUUAUUGAAAUUCCUUGCUUGGGCAAUGGCCUCUUUAACAGCAGGCAUUGUGCUACAAUUAUUGCAGUAAAAUUAGUUGCAAUUCAGUUGCAUAUAAUGCUACUGUAACCUCAAAUAGUUAGCUUAAUGUCAUUUGGCCCAUAUCCAUCCUUAGAGUUUAUGGAAUGAGUUCUCAGCUGUUGUAAACUGACACAGUCAGUGGAACUGCACAGAUGGGCUGCAGCCAAAUAUCCAGCCCCAGAUUUUCCAGUAGAUGUGUGAUUUUUUUAGGAUUUGAGGACUUCCAAAGGUUGUCUGCGGACUUUAGAAUAUUGUGGGAUGAGGAAAACCAUGGCAUCAGUAUGCUUUCAUGCUUCCCUCGGCCUGAUCUGAGUAAAUGGCCUGAGCAGUAAAGUGUGAUAUGGAAAUAUGGGAUUUUCACUCACUGUAUUAAAGCAGAUUAUACAUAUCCUUUGCUUGGUACUAUGGAAAUGUUUUUACUGCUGCAUUUUACAGCAUCUGUAUACCUUACACGGUGAAUAUGAGUUUGCAGUCUGCGUUACUGCUGGAGUUUCAUCCAUGCCUUUCACACAUAAUCCAGUCAUUCUGAAAAGCUGUUGAAUACAUAAAUCAUUGUUAUAGAUGAACACAUUCAUUAACAGAUUUCCUCUGCUGUUUUCCAUGUCCCGUCUCUUGGUCAAACAUCUUAACAGAAUCGUUUCAGUAGCUGUAUUACAGGGCAACAUGGUCUUGACCAACUUUGAGUUUCACUCAAAACUAAAUUGUGGAUCCUUUCUUAACGUACAGGAAUUGUUUAUUCACAAAUUCUCCCCUUCCACCCCCCCCAAAAAAAAAUUAAUAGAAUGUAAUUUAAAUAAUUGCAGCUUGUAACACUUUUAAUAAGGCAGGAUUUCUGAAAUUCUCAGUGUAGGUAUGAUAUGUUGCUGCUUCCCUCCAACAGCUAAUAUAGCUGUGAAAGAUUGGUAUAGAUAUUUUCUUUGUGAUCAUGCAGCAAUUCUUCACUAGAAAACAGCUCAUUAAACAGGUACAUGAAUAAAUUCAGCGAACUUUCAGAAAGACUGUGUACUGCACAUACAAGUAUUAUUAAGUACUUGUCUACAAAUAGUUCCUGUCCUUUGAAUUUAUGAAUGUCACUUGGUCUUUUCAAAGUGAACAUGCUUCUGUAACAGUGAUAUAUUCUGAAUGUGCUCAUGGUAUGUUUCGGUCCCUUUUCCCUGCUACUAUCCCCAUGUUUUCAAGAAGAAAAAAAUACGGAAAUUUGUAUCGCGAUUGCAAGGAACCAAGGGAUUUGCCAAUAAGCCAUGAAAUGGGUUGGCAAGUCUAGGGGCACAGAUAGAGGAUGAUUUGCUUUGUUCAUGAAAUCUAUAUUGCAGGAAGGCAGGUGCAAUUAGGUGGAUGUCUCUUCAAGAGUAGAAACAUCUCAGUUUGAAAAAUAAAGCUGCAAAUUUAGCUGCAAUUUUAAAGCUAGUAUGACUUUCUGAGAAUUUAAUGCUCUCGUAACAUCGGGCUGCAGUUUACAUGGGGUUUGCUCCUGCUCAGUUUUGGUGUGAGACAUUUUUAUCCAUUAUACAAUUGGUUCUGCUCAAGCCCCAAGCUAGUUAUGAAGUGUACUUUUCAUCUGUUUUCUGUAGUAAAAAUUCUUGAUUAAGAUAAGCCUGAAAUACCGAUAUCAAAACUUUACUGGGACAUAUCAAAAGUGCUCUGAGGGAAAACAGUAUGGGAACCUAGCAAUUGCCAUACAAAAAAAAAAAAUCAAUGGUUUUUACCAAGGUUGUUGCCUCAGUAAUAUAUUGUUGGUAGUGAGUUUUACUAGUAAAAUAUGCAUAAAUACAAUGUAUAGUACAUUUUCUGUUUUGAUGUUGUUGCCAUUUCAUUCCACUAAGCAUCUACUUAUUAAACUGCUGUUGGGAAGGUGCCAAGGAUCACCCAUCCAGCCUUCUCUGUCUCACUCAUGAUUUCUAUACCUCAAUAUCUCCCCUUCCAAUCGAAUAGGCCUAGUCCAUCUUCAAACAGAUGCCCCUCUCUGAGUAUUGGUACUUCUGUGGCCUUUCUGCUUUUAUUGUGGCUCUUUUUGAUAGUGAUAAGACCCAAAUGUUGACUGAAAGUGAAAUACCUCUUAGGGAACAAUAUUUUCAUAUUAACAUCUCUCUUGUUAAUCAAAGCCAUUUUAUGUUCUUUUUAAUUAAUGCUCUGGGCAAGCCAUAAUGUCCUAACAUGGACUAUAACAACAUUUUCAUAACCUAAUGUAAGAAUUAGUGUUGACAUUAUUUCAUCCAAGAUAUAAUUCUUUUUCUACCAUGCGAUGCUUUUUAUAUUGCUGCUGCUGUCAUUGCCAAAUCCCUGGUCUUGUUAGAGCAUCCUCUCACAGCUCUGCUUAUCCUAUGUGUCUGUAUUUCAGUUCACAUUCCUGUAGGUGGCUCCACUAAACGGUAUUUUCUUUUGGAAUCAUCUGUAGGAAAGGUUUUCGUAGACUUAAUAAAGUAUGUUCUGAGUGUCAAUAGAUUAUAACCUUUAGGAUCAUGAGAGUCUUUGCUUUUUGAAAAAGAAAAAAAAAAAAACAAAAACAAAAUAAGUAAGAAACUUAUUAAAAUGCAAAUACAUCUUUGGAUCAGAAACCACUGACUUUGCCAAAGGUGCAUAAGUCUGAGUAAAAGGGUGCUUGUUGUCUGCAUUUUGAUAAGGUUGAGAAUGUCGUGCCCAUUGACAGCCUUUUUGAUAACUCCGGCAAUGGAAAGAGCCUUAAAGUAGCUAACAACUUACUUUAUGCUGCCAAUACCACAUUAGUGGCCUUGUGCAAAAGGAGAAAUUAGGCUUACUCACCUUUCUCAAAUAUGUUAGGUAUUUUGCUUUUGCAUUAUAAACAUCCUAUUAAAAAGAAAAGCAAAAAAAAAUGGAAACCCCCUCACAAAAUCUUAGAUACUGGAUGUGAUUACUGUCCUGAGUCAGUAUCUUGUAGUAGGACGAAGAGCCAAAGGUGAUACCAAGGAGACACAGCAACAUAUCCAUCCCAUGAGGCCAAAUGGACCACCCCGCUAGAAGAUCACCUUAAAGUUGUCUUCCUAUAGGACCCUCGUAAAGGACACAGCUUAGGAAGGCAACCAGGGAGAUGUUGCAGUGCAGAGAUGCAUUACCGUGCUGUGAUUUCAAGGCAGUCAAGCUAUUUUCCUAAAGCUUGGUGACGUCUUUGAUCUUGAGUUUUCCCACGUGUUUUCUUAGCCUAUAGUUGCAAUAUAAGGCUAGAAGGAGUCAAAGGCUUUUUAUUACUACUGUUUCCCUGAAGUCAUGAAGUUGUGUGCUCCAUCUCUCAAGCAGGCUCACCCCCUCUGCAAGUCCCACAGACAAGUUGAAUUUUGGUCCUGAAAUAUAUUUUGUCACCUUUUCUAAAUUCUCUAGUGUAAUCUGAAGUAGUGCUGGCCUUGUUGUAUUGUUACCCUCUUCAGUCAGAAAUUCAGAGUAGGUGCAGUGCAGUGAGGAAACACGUGCCACUGAGAUGCUGAUUACUGGGAAGGUAGCAGCCUGCUAUUUCUACGAGUCAGGUGGGUGGUAAACUUUGAGAAUAUGACAUAAAAAUUGUUGCUCUUGGCUCAAUAUAAAUUCCAUUGUAAAGAAAAAUGAAGGCUGGGCGGGAGAAAUGGUUAAGAAUGCAGCUUUUCUCUUCAUCAAGUUCCUGCUUGAAAAAGCUAAAUGGAUGGUAUAGUGUAUCCUUAUAGCUGUUAAUAAUUGCAGUGAUGGCAGAGAGAGCUGAAGGUGCCCUGGACCAGUUCUUCUAAGCUUUGUUUGAACACAUAGCAUCCUUAAUAAUGGAGAAAACCAGGUAUUUAAAACAAGCACUGAAAGUACAUCUGCACUUUGUUGGUAUUUUUUGGAGCUAUUCACUGAGUAAUAAUGGACAUUUCAUAGGUUUCCAACAAAAGCAUUCCAUCUUCACGUUCAUUCUCUGAUGGUUUACGUCAUUUACCAUGCAGUAAAACUGUGCUUUUUGCCUGUUUGCAUCUCUGUUACUCUCAAUACACCAAACUGUGGUUUGAACAUUAGAAAUUUAGAUUAUUGCCCAUUAUCCAUGGCUUUUAGCUUGUGUUUCAUAAACUUGACAUUUAACACCUCCUUUAUCAGAAGGGCCAUUCAGUUAGUAAAUUAGCUGCAUCAUCCAAGGGAUGGGUGGAUGGGGAGGAAAUGACAUUUAAUUCAUUUCUUUAUGUAAUAAUGAAAAGCAAUAAUUGCAAAUAUGUGGUAUUACACAAAGGCCAUAAGUAAUCUUUACCAGUGUUAAGAGUGCACUUGAACUGUAUUAUAGAAAGAGAUCGGAGCCCUCAGAACUGUAGCGUUCUUUUGUCGUAGGAAUACCUGAAUUGCUGUCAUUUAACAAUGCAACGAGCCCAUACUGCCGCUUUUCAGGAAGUGACAAAGGUGUUUAGGAGUGAAAGCAGUUCUCUUUAAAGCACUGUAUCAGAAAAGAUUGUCUUGUAAAUUUUACCUGUCACAAGCAGGCUGGUUUGUAAAAGAUGUAUGUUUUGGUGUUUUAAAAAGUUUAUAAAAUAAUGUAUAUAAUGGUUUCAAGUUACCAGGCUUUUGUAGAUAUUUGAUGCCAAUCAGGUUGCUUUAAUUUUUUUUUUUGUUUGUUUGAUAUAAUUCUGAAGAGUCAUCAAAGUUGGUUUAAAAUUUUAAGGUAACAGCAAAAAAAAAAAACAAAAAACAAUUUUUAGAUUUGAAAACUUUUUAAUCAUUUCAAAAUGUACUGUAAGUUUUCUUUGGAUUCAGCUCUUUUUGUUUAACUUUUUUCUGUUUUUAAGAAGAUGGUUUUUAUUGACUUUUUUUAAAUGAAUGUGUUUUGCACAAAAAACUGGAGAUAUGAUUUUUAUGCCAUUUCAAGUAGGUAUUCUGAGAUGUCAUUUCUCCCAUGACAAGAAAUUCAACCUUAUGCAAAAGGGAGGGUUUAUCACUUUGAGUGGGUAUAGUCCUUCAUCUGAAAACUGAUUGUUCCUUCAUUAUUGCUGUUGGCAGUAUUGUCUUGUGUUCUUUUGCUAUAAAAACAAAACAACAAAAAAAAAGUGUACAGGUUUGUAACUGCCAAAAUUUGCUAAAGUUGAUGGUUAAAACAAGUUUUCCAAGUAAACAAAAAGAAAAGCCCAGCUGUGUUGACUAUUUCUUGGGGUUUCUCCUACUUUAAAAGUAGGGAGCAAGAUAAGACACAAGGUCUACAAGGAAUGUGGCAUGUCAUUGUCUCUGUACAGGAUUGCAGGAAAUGCUACUUUUUGGAUUCUUCAAAUUGAUUUCAUUUUUACACAGAAUCAUAGAACCAUAGAAUAGUUUGGGUUGGAAAGGACCUUAAGGAUCAUCCAGUUCCAACCCCCCUGCCAUGGGCAGGGACAUCCCACUAAACCAGACUGCCCAAGGGCCCAUCCAGCCUGGUCUUGAACACUUCCAGGAAUGGAGCAGCCACAACAUCCCUGGGCAACCUGUUCCAGUGUCUCACCACUCUCAUAGUCAAGAAAUUCUUCCUGAUGUCUAGUCUAAAUCUGCUCCUCUCCAGUUUAUACACAUUGCCCCUCUUCCUAUCACUACAAGCCUUUAAGAACAGUCCCUCCUCAGCUUUCCUGUAGCCCCGUUCUGGAAGGAUGGUACUGGAAGGUCACUAUAAGAUCUCCUCUGAGCCUUCUCUUCUCCAGGCUGAACAAGCCCAACUCACCUCAGCCUGUCCUCAUAUGGGAGGUGCUCCAGCCCUCUGAUCAUCCUUGUAGCCCUCCUCUAGACCCAUUCCAACAGCUCCAUAUCCUUCUUACAUUGAGGAUUCCAGAACUGGACACAAUACUCCAGAUGAGGUCUCACAAGAGAGGACUAGAGGGGCAGAAUCACCUCCCUCGCCCUGCUGGCCACACUUCUUUUGAUGCAGCCCAGGACACGGUUGGCCUUCUGGGCUGCAAGCACACAUUGCCAGCUUAUGUCGAGCUUCUUAUUGACCAGCACCCCCAAGUCCUUCUCUGAUGGACGUGGCAAUUCUUCUGUAGGGCCCCCUACAUGCAUUGCAUAGCUCUCUUGCUAAGAGUUGCUUAGCUGGUGUGUGUGUGCUGGUGUGUGUGCGCUAAGUCAGUUGCUGAAUAUAAUCUACAUCCUCAAAUGUUGUAAAAGACAUCAUCACAUCAUGUAGACAGUGAGCUUCAUCAGUUGAGACAAUUUCAUGGGACAAUCCAGCUGUCCUGUGUUAGUUGCUUAGCAGGAGUACAAGGGAUGGGUACACAAAGCAGCAUCCUGCUAUGGAUUUCUCCAUUAUCCAGUGUCAUGGCUGGCGGCUGGGAUCAGCUGGGACAAAUUCAGGUGGGAAAUCUCAGGUGUGUAAGCACUGCCUCAGAAAAGAGCCAUCGUUGUGUUAGGAAUGAUGCUCAGUCUGCUCAGGAGGUUGCAUUCAGGAAUGCCACAUUUACUUCUCCUUCGUUACAUCUGUUUAACUCAAUAGCCUAAACUUCCCCAGCUGCGCUGGACUGAAACAGGGCUAGCCCAGCUGCAGUGUAAAAAGAAGGGGAGAUGUUUCUUCCAGAGCUCUUUGAAUGCCCUGCCACAGUGCAGCCAGGAGGACAAUUCACACUGCAGGGGGGAGGGAUGCUGCCUGCAGCAUGGUAUCCCAUUAAAACAUGUAAGACCCAGAGCUGGCUUUGAAACAAGCCCAUCAGCCAGGGCACAAAUACCCUUUAUGGCCAUUCCUGAAGCAGAAGGUUAAGCUAUGGAAACACAAAACAUCACCAUCACAGUCACCAUCAGAAGUCUCUCUUCCCCCAAGAAUUCCUCAUUUUUUUUCCUAGAAUGGAUGAGACCCUUGCUUUAGCCUAUUUCCUAUUUAUUUUUCUAUUUCUAUAUCCCGAGUUGUAGAGGAGCUCUUCUUUCCACCUUUUCCAAUGGAGUUUAACACAGUCUCAAUGAAGUAUUUGUUGCAGCAGAGGUCGCAUGGAGGUUCACCAAAGCUCACUGGUAUAGUGAGAGAGAACAGAGCAGUAUACAAGGAAGUAAGACUGGAGAACAUUCAAGACUAUCACCUUAAAAUUCUUACCUUUGUUUAAUGUCCAAAGGAGAGAAAGGGAAUGACACCGGUAUUUCCUUUAGGAUGGAAAAGGUGAGAACUGAGAUGGCAAACAGGUUGAAACACACAUAUGUGUCCUGUGAAAAAUGGAAGCACCACCACUGGUUGUCCCCUUAAUUUGGGCCAAAAAUAAGCUAUUUCUUCUUUCCAAGUAUUACAGUAACAGAGUGUGUAAACUUGCAGGGUAAUCAGUCCAGCAUGAUGGGAAACACCUAUCCCCAGUAACACUGCAGUGUAGCCAGGGAGUAAAAAGUCACACAGCAGCAGAAGCCAUUGUGGUCUAAAACUAAGAAGAUAACAUGUAAUGAGAAGAAAAUGAAAAGGAACAGACACUGAACCACAGCUCUAGCGAUUUCACUAGACCUGGGUUUUUUUUUUUCACACAGUUGUUUUUUUCUUUAUUUCCACAGAAACAUCUGUAAUUCAAAACAACAUGGAAAUUAGAAUUAAAUCUGUGGCAUUUCCAGUCCUUCAGAAACACUUGGGUCCUGUCGCACUAGUCUAAGGAUCAGUCAUCUCCAUGUAAAGAGAGAGAUUGUCCUUCCUAUCUAUGAAUGUAUUGAUUUUCAGAUCAAAGACUUUUUCCUGCUUAGUAGCACCCUUCUUGCUUCCACUUUUCCUCUCACCUGCCCUCAAACCUCACCGUGCAGUGGAGGAAAAGAUCAGUGCAAUGAUCGUGGCUUUCUCUGCAGUUCAGAGAGCGAUUUAGAAACCCCCUACCUCUUGUCAAGCAGGAGUCACAUGC